AUGUCAGCGGCCCUGCAGGCUUUGAAAAGAAAGAAGCGGUAUGAGAAGCAGCUCACCCAGAUCGACGGCACGCUGUCGACCAUCGAGUUCCAGAGAGAGGCCCUGGAGAACGCCAACACCAACACUGAAGUGCUCAAGAACAUGGGCUUCGCGGCCAAGGCCAUGAAGUCUGCCCAUGAAAACAUGGACAUUGACAAGGUGGACGACCUAAUGCAGGACAUUACAGAGCAACAGGAGCUGGCCCAGGAAGUCUCCGACGCCAUCUCUAAACCAGUCGGCUUUGGAGAGGAGUUUGACGAGGAUGAGCUGUUGGCGGAGCUGGACGAGCUGGAACAGGAAGAGUUGGACAAAAACCUGCUGGAGAUCGGGGGGCCAGAGAACGUCCCUCUUCCCAACGUGCCUUCUACUUCAUUACCUUCCAGACCUGGUAGGGGACUUUUGAAAAACUGA